AUGGAACAACGAAGUAGGUUUAUUUUUGUUUCAGAUUUUGUUCUUUCUUUCAUGUGGGUAUGUUCUGGUGUUCUCGUUCGGUUAAUCGUCUUCAAAAUUCUGGGUUUUUCUCAUACCCAUCUCGCCGAGAUUGUGAAGCUUUUAUUUUCCAUUGCCAACAUGUUCUUGUUUGCUUUCCUUAACAAGGUUUCUCGUGGUGGCGUCUACAAUCCUCUCACCGUUUUGGCUGGUGCUAUCUCUGGGGAUGUUCGUAACUUCCUUUUCUGUGUGGGUUCUAGAAUUCCUGCUCAGGUGUUUGGAUCUAUUGUUGCAGUUAAAUUUCUUAUAUACACCAUUCCCGAAGUAGGACAGGGUCCGCGUUUGAAUGUUGACAUUCAUCAAGGAGCACUGACAGAAGGAUUACUAACAUUUUUAAUCGUAAGCAUUUCACUUGGGCUUGCCGCAACAAAAAUUCAUGGAAAUUUCUUCAUGAAGACGUGGAUUUCCAGUCUCUCCAAGUUAGCACUUCAUAUACUUGGUUCUGAUCUCACUGGUGGUUGUAUGAACCCCGCAUCUGUAAUGGGAUGGGCUUACGCCCGAGGCGAUCACAUAACAAAAGAGCACUUCCUUGUUUACUGGCUUGCCCCUAUAGAGGGGACUAUUUUUGCAGUAUGGACAUUCAAAUGCCUUUUCCGGUUUGGUGAAGAAGAUAAAGCAGGCUCGAAAAGAAAAUCAGAUUGA